ACGAUAAUCGAUGAUAAUUCAAAAUGGAAGGACAUUAUACCUUGAACCUUGUGUGCUUAAUAGUUUUGACACUGCUGCUUACCCCAACCAUGCAGCACCAAGUUAAUACCCAUGAAGCAGAUCCACCAUCCUGUUUUUGUGAAACUACCGUUAGCCGCGUUAAUGAAGAUUCAACAACUUCAAUAACGAGUGGUGAAACCUACCAUCAGGAGUCUAAACACUCCGAACUUCCCAGACUGAUUCAUUCGAAAACUAUUGAUGAUAAUUAUCCUGAAUGUAUCGAUGGCUCAAACCAAAAAACCGACCCGGCAUCUGAAUUCUCCAAAGUUUUACUUAAUGUCCAGGGUAGUUCCGAUACAAACAUGACAACUAUUAUGGAAAACCAUUUACGAAGGACUGCCUCUACAGCAGAUGAGAUUAUUAUAGUUGGCAAAAUUUAUAACUUUGCAGCUGCUGAAACCGUCAAAGCGGGGGAGAAGUCGGACAGUAGCCAGGGCGAAGUCUACCAUCUUCAAGGCAAACUGAUCACGGCCCUGGCCGAGCAGGAGAGAUUGCGCAGCGAGAGCGACAAGACAGAGCUCCUGGCGUCCAGGGCCCGCGAGGAUAUCCGAAAAGCGAAUGAUGAGCUGCAGAACGUCAGGAAGAGCCAGCUGGACAGGGCCCAGCUGCAGCUCUCCAAGUCCGAGGAACACGAGAAGAAGCUCGAGGUGGAGCUGGAGGUGCUGCGGGAGCGAAAGGAGAAGAGCUGGAGCGAGAGAUAUCAAGCCUCAAACGAGAGCGAUCGAACCUACAGCGAAUGGCAGCUAGCUUACAAAGAGUGGGAGCGAGUCGACAGCGAGAUAAAGAAGCUACCCAAGAUAGACUCGAUAAUACAUUUGCCGAUCGAUAAAAAUCAAAUCCAAAAUUUGAUUGACGCGUACAAGCUGAACGACAAGAGAGCAUGCGCUGAAUCCCAGCGUUAUAUGGGUUAUGCAACGGCGGCGGCGUCGUUAGAGAAAUAUCUAUGGAAGAAAGUGGAAGUGGAUAUGAUCUCGGAGAUGUACGAACGGAACCGGUUGGAGCUGGACCUUGUCCGGUCAGAACGCCAGCGCUACCAGACCGAGUACUUACAUUUACAAAAGGAAGAAAUGGACCGGUUGGCCGCCCACAUCGUCAAGUACCAGCAGGAUCGGCACGAGUGGACCAAGGAGGAGCAGGACAAGUUGGACAUGAAGCGGCGGAUCGCUCUGUUGACCAAGACCAGCAGUGACCAGCAGGAACGCUGCCAGAUGGAGUUGGACAGACUCCGCUGCGAAAACGAGAAAGUCAGGGACAGCUCGCAGACGGAAGUGGUGCGGAUAACGCAGAAGCUGGAACAGGAGGAGCAGGACAAGGAAAAACUCAAAGUGAAAUUCCAGGAGAGCAGCCAGGCUUCCCAGAAAGAGUUGGAUCGAUUGGUUGAGGAGCGCGAGAAAUUGGCCAAGGAGAUUCAGACGACCAAGACGGAAAACGAGCGGUUGCGUAAAGAGCUCGAGUCCAGCCAGCAAGGAGCCAAAGAGGAGGUGAUCAAGUUGCAGAACAUAAUCGUUUCUAUGCAAAACGAGCUGGACCGGCUCAACGUCGAGUGGGAGAAAAAGCUCUCGGCCUACAUUAUGUCGCAGAAGGAUGAACAAAAGUUGGACAAGUUGGAAGCGGAACUGAAAAAAGUCUUGACGGAACGGGAUCAGGUGAUCGUGCAGCUGGACAAGUCCCAGGAGAUGCUGGUAGAAGCUGAAGAUAGGGUUGCCAGGGAAAUACAAAAAGCUAGAAAGAAAGAAGAUGAAAGCGAAAGUUCAUCCAGAAUAAAAAUAGGCGAACUUGAUCAACAAAUAAUAUCAUUAAAUAAAGCAAAGAAUAACAGCGAAAAUUCAUUAAUAAAAAAGAUAUUCGAACAAGAACAAGAAAUAAUAUCAUUAAAAAAAGCAAAAGAAGACUUAGAAAAAUUAGCAAACACAGAUCGCGCAGAGUCGAAUUCAAAAAAUCUAAUCCUAGAAAAUGUAAUUCAAUAUUUGAGUAGGGAAACAAAUAACAGCGAAAAUUCAUUAAUAAAAAAGAUAUUCGAACAAGAACAAGAAAUAAUAUCAUUAAAAAAAGCAAAAGAAGACUUAGAAAAAUUAGCAAACACAGAUCGCGCAGAGUCGAAUUCAAAAAAUCUAAUCCUAGAAAAUGUAAUUCAAUACGAACAUUUGUCGGCCAAAUUAGCCAACCUAGAAAAAAACAACUCAGCGACGCCCGAUUCGACAUCCCCUUCUACUGAGUUUGGAGUUGUUAGGAAUUCUCUUUUGGAAAAAAUUCCCUCUACCGACAAUAAAGAUGGAGUCAUCGUUGACACAAUCGACCCCGCAACCAGCAAAGAGACAGCGUUAACUGCAGUCGGCAUAAAUUCUCUCGACUCUGGUAACCCUCCACCCAUCAGCAUGAAACUGGAAAUUGAGAAAGUAAGAGAAAAACACGGAAUAAUUAAAGGAAAAAUAUCAAAGCUCGAUACGGAUAGAAAAGAUAAACUAGAAGUGAGAAGAACAAAAGAAAAGGAAAAAAUUGAAAAUCUUAAGCUGUUGAUAGGGAAAACGGAGCAGGAAGGGAGAGCUCUACUCGAAACUCAGAAGCAGAGAGCAGAUAAGGAAGUUAAAGCCUUGCCGACGUCUAACGCUGAAAAUAGCUUUUCGGAUGCCGACAUAGCUGAAUUGAAAGCUAAAAUCAAAUCGACAGACAGGGAUACCAAUGAAAUAAAAAAACAAAUCACAGAAAAGGAAAAAGAGUUAAAAUCUUCAAAGGAUCAAAAAGAGAUUGCCAUAAAAAGCCGUAUUCUCGCUGAAAGAGUGUUGAAAGAAGGCCUCGCAUUCGAGUGA